UUCCUGUUGACCAUUUUCAUCACCUUUACAACCCGUGUGUGCGCACUAUACAAAAUGGAACUAGCAUUUUGAAAACGGCUCGUGCAGAUCGAAGAGCUGUCUCUGAGAGCCGCUUCGUUCGCGAACCGCCCACCGCCAGUCAGUGGGAAGACAUGGCUCCUUGCGGAUAAACAAACCCCCUCUCGCGUGGCUCCAAGAACUUAACGUAACUAACCUUAACAACGUUUUUUAUCACUGUAGCGUGGAAUUUUUAACACGGAGUAUCACGUCACAGAAAGCGACUACAAUGAAAACGAAGUCACUUUGCACGAAUCCGCUAUGAGUGACUCUAUAUAACAACUGCAUGCUGCAUGUCUUGACGUAAAGCAUCCAUCAUCCAUCCACACCUCAGUCUUGACCCACUCUGGAGAUAUGACUCGGUCACUAUUACCCGUCCGUGCAUGUUGUGCUGUGAGCGUGGCACAAUGAGAAAAGACGGGGAUAACCCUCCGAUAUUUUCAACCAAGAAACAAUGCCGGGGCCAGAUGAACUGUGGACCAGAGUUAGUUGCCGUUUUGGAAGUUGAGAAGAACCAACCAGAGCGGGAUGCAGACCAGACACAAGCGGCGUACGAGCAGCAGACUUCCCGACAUGCUUGCCAAAAGCACUUCAACAGACCACGGUGCGCCUUUAAAGACAAUGGGCGAUACGCUAACACUGAGGCCGGCCCUUCCAUUCAGAGAAAACAGACAAAUUUAGAGCAGCUGCUGCUGACCUUGUCUGGGAAGAUAAAUAGUGAGCAGGGAGUCUAUAAAUUGCAUCAGAGGGAGGACUUGGAGCUCGAAAAGGCCAUCAUCCUCUGCCACCUGCUCGAGACCCACCAGGAAUUUCUGCAUAAACGACAGAAAGCAAGAAAACUAACCCAGAAUGGCAGCUGCGUCGGUGCGAUUGUGCCGCAUCUAACCGACUCUAGGACCGGACUGCAUAGAAACACGAGCGCUUCGUGCUCAUCGCAGAAGAAGGCCAAGCAAGUCCAGGCACUACGAGAGUCAGAACGCAGCGUCUCGGCCGUCGAUGACCCCUGCGCCACCUGUUGGAGCAGCGCUAUAAAAAUUUGUCACCCUCACAACACUCCCCAUGCAUCGUGGGACGGCCAGCCCCCUCGUCACGCAAAGUCUACCAAGUCAGACGGGUCUCCUCCCUCCAAAAGCAUGGAACGAAACUUGGAGAAUGGCGCAGACUAUCGGUUUCUGGUCCGACAGAACUUUGAACUCUUGCGUGCGCUGGAUGAGCUUGAGAAGACUUGCAGCAUCCUGAGGGAGGAGAAUGGCCUGCUGCGGAAGAGCAGCGCUCCAGAGACGGAGGAGAAGGUCAGGCGACUGCGGAGGAAGAACACAGAGCUGGCAGUUCUUGCCAAGAAGCUGGAGGAGAGAGCCAGGAAGUUGCAAGAGGCCAACCUCAAAAUGGUGAGUUCUCCAUCGCUGAUAAGGCCCGGGUCAGUGGAACAGUAUAAGCGAGCGUUUGCGCGGCAGCGAGCGCGUGACCUUGCCCAGCACGCCGAUGCAAUGUUGUGUAAGGACAAGGAGAUCGCUGCACUGCAGCGGGGGUUUCAAGAACUGGAGACACAACACGGCGCCGCAAAGGGUUCCCCUACCCCGUCAAAAGGACUGGAAUUCGAGAAGCUUCUCAGGCAGUCCCAGAGGGAGGUGCUUCGCCUCCAAAGACAGCUGUCAGUCACCUCAUCUACGCAGCACCCAAACCGAAAUCCUGAUCCCGGUGGCCCAGAGAAGUGUGAGAUGCCUGCAGAGGCUGAGGGUGUGUCAGAAAAGGUUGUAGGAGAGGCCCCGUGUGCGCCAUUAGAUGAGUAUCCAUCUAGGUGUGAGAAGACUCCCGGAGAGGAGGAGGAGUCGGGGCUGCCAGUGACGCCCCAAUCGGGCCUCAGCCCGACCCCCUCCCAGCAGGAGGAAGGAUCAGAGGAGAAGCAUCUUCACUACCUGGAGAGUGAGCUGACCAAGAAGAGAAAAGAAUGUGAAAAUCUUGAGCAUGAAGUCAAGAAGCGGCAGAGGAAAUGUCAGGAUUUGGAGAGCCAGCUUGAGGAUGAGCGGGGCAAAAAUGAGCAACUAAAGGAGGAGGCGGAUCUCCUCAGGAGGAAGUCACAGCUGCUCGACCAGACUCGAGUUGAGAAUGAGGAGCUGAGGGAAGAACUCUUUAAAGUGACCGCUCAACACAAUUCCGUUCUCGAGGAGAACCAGAGACUCCGUGCCAAACUGGAGAACCUAGAGCAGGUCCUAAAGCAUAUGCGAGAGGUCGCUGAGCGAAGGCAGCAGUUGGAAUUGGAACAUGAGCAGGCUCUGGCUAUCCUUAAGUUCAAGCAGGAUGAAAUCAAGCGAUUGCAACGGGCUCAGUUAUUUGCCAAGAGAGAACAUGAAGGGGUGGUUCAGAUGCUGGAGAGUACACUGGACUGCAUGCAGUCAAAGGUACGAGACCUGGAGGAGAAAUGCCGCAGCCAGAGUGAGCAGUUUGGCUUGUUGUCACAAGAGCUGGAGAAGUUUCGACUGCAGGCGUCCAAGGCAGACCUGGCUGGCUCCGGCCUUCUCAACAAUCCCAGUUUCUCUCUCCUGACCAACGGAGUGGGCCUGUCCACCGAGCGAGACUGCACAGACAGCUCAUGGGAUAUGGAGUCACUGAGCGAAAUAGCCUUCUGGAGUCUCGAGGGAGGUGACAAUCUCUCCUACCCUGAGGAUGUUGCUGCCGCGCUACGGAUGGGGACCACCCCCCAUGCCGCAGGUCUUUCCAGGGUGGAGCGCUCCCCCGUCGCCAAGCAUCGAGAGCUUCCGACCAUCAGCGUCCACAAGUCGGCCUCAUCCUCCAGCAAGUCUGAGACCGCGAGCGUCACCCCCAAGUCUGACACCCAUCUCAGUCCGCACAAAUCAAGCCCGACACACGAGGUUGACACGGCCAGCGAAGUGGAGGAAUUGGACAUUGACACGGCCCCGGCACCAUGCGCAGCCAGCAGAGGAGCAGCCAAGCUUCAGGUUUUUAUUGCACGAUACAGCUAUAAUCCUUACGAUGGCCCAAAUGAUAACCCUGAAGUGGAGCUGCCGCUCACCGCAGGAGAAUACAUCUACGUGUACGGCGGCAUGGACGAUGAUGGCUUCUAUGAAGGCGAAUUGAAAGAUGGUAGGAGAGGGCUGGUCCCCUCCAACUUUGUGGAACGUGUAUCCGACGACGACGUGAUGGGCUGCCACCCUCCGGACGCCGGCGACAUGUCCCACAACUCCUUGCCCGACAGCAGUUUGCACAGUGCCAGCCACCAGUAUCACCUCCACACGGGUGUACGCGCCUCAGAGAGGACAGAGGCCUCUUCUGCCUCUGGCCCCGCCUCAGCCUCUUCCAAUUCGGCCUUGGCUGUCUCAGCCCCCCUCACCAAUGGCCUGGACUUGGAUUUGGAGGAGGUGGGAGUGGACACGGUGCCUUACCCACGUAAGCUCACCCUCAUCAAGCAGCUUGCCAAGAGCAUCAUCAUCAGCUGGGACCCCCCACUGGUGCCGGCUGGGUGGGGCAAUGUGUGGAGCUAUAAUGUGUAUGUGGACCAGGAGCUGCGGCUUAAUGUGCCCUUCGGUGCCCAAACCAAAGCGGUGCUGGAGAGGCUGGACAUCAACCUCAAGGCCUACCGCGUAUCUGUGCAAAGCCUGACAGAAAAGGGCCCCUCAGACCAGCUGCGAUGCAGCAUGCUCAUUGGUCGGGACGUUUGCGUGGCGCCGACGCAGCUGCGUGUGGACGGCGUCACCGCCACCUCUGCCAACCUGUCCUGGCUGCCCUGCAACAGUAACUAUGUGCACAUUGUGUCCUUGAAUGAGCAAGAGUGUGAGCUGGUGAAGGCUGGAUGCUACUCGCUGUGCCUCAAUAACCUCUUACCCAGCCUGCAGUACGCCGUCAAAGUGGAGGCACGGCCGCACCGCACGCCGUGGGAGUUACCCGUGGAGCGGCGUGAACGCAGGAGUGCUACCCUCAAUUUCAGCACCUUGACGGCAGUUUCAUGCCCGCAGUCUGGGAACGCAGGCCCUCCAGAUGCUCCACUGGAUGUACAGUUGGAUCAUGGUCCUUCCCCAGGGAUUGCCCUCAUCAGCUGGCUGCCAGUAACCAUUGAUAGCGCUGGAACCUCCAAUGGAGUCCGUGUCACUGGGUACACCAUAUACGCAGAUAGGAAAAAGGUGCUGGAGGUGUCCUCCCCAACAGCCGGCAGUGCUCUGCUGGGCCCGUCCCAAAUCCAGUCCCUGCAGGGAGCUCAGGAUCUCACUGUCCGGACCAUGUCUGCCCAUGGGGAGUCCUGUGAUUCUUUUCCGGUCAAUGUGCCCUCCAAGCUCGCCGCCAUCAUGGCCGGCCUUGCCGCCGCAACCCCAGCUAUGCCGCCCCUUGCCUGCACCCCUGUCGGCCCCACACCGCUUAGUUUUGGGAACUCUGCUGCCAAAAUCUCCAUGUUGCCCAACACUUUACCAACAGAAAGACGCAUGACCGGCCUCACAGUGGAGGAUGUUGCCAACCGUCCUCAUGUGCCUCACUCAGAAGCGUUUGUGUCAUCAGCCUCGUUUGUGAAGGCCUGGGCCAACCCUCCAUCUGCCGCUGCAACGGCCGACUGUGAGGCCACGUUGCCUGUCACGUCCUGUGUCACCCCAGUGAUUAAUGUGACACCCCCUACCUCUUCAGCUCCCCAACCGUCCCCUGGAACCGAACCUGCUCCUGCAACGACGGCACUGACACAAGCGACCACGUUGGAGCAGCGCAGAGACGCCGACAGCCCCGGAACAAUACGUCCUUUUCCGUCCAUCACAGAGUUCAUCGAGGAUCCCUGUGCCAAACUCGGAACCCCGGAGCGCAUUCCCACACCGCCCAAAGCCCCAAUCACAGACCUCCUCAACCCUCAGGACACGCUAAUCCUCCGACCCCCCAGUACUUCACCACUGGAUUCCGAGGUCGAGGAGGAACCUGAGAACAAGCGCCUGGUGUCCAUCGAGGAGUUCUUGAGACAGGACCAGGACCCAGGGGUCAACAGGACCCAGGAAGAGUACACUAGAGGGACAGUGGAGCAUCCCGGUGACUUCCUCACUGACAACAGUCGCUCAGAUCUGUCUGAUAUCUUAGAAGAGGACGAGGAGGAGCUUUACUCUGACCACUUUGGGGACGCGCCCACCAGGGGAUACACAGUUACAGCUAACAGGAUAAGCAAAUCUGAGCCUUCAGACAGUGACGAAGAUGUUCUUGAGAGGAUCCUCAAGUUACCCCCUCAGGUCUGCCGCAACAAGCAGCUCUUCAGCAUCCCUGAGGUGACAGAGGAGGAAGACUGCGGGCGGGAAGAGCCUUUACCUCGUCACAUACCGUCGAGGCAUAGCCGUCUUCACCCCAGAGACACGGAACACCUUCAUCACGUGCCGCAACGUCACCCUCCAUACUCCGGCCCUCACUUUCCCCCUCAGCACCACCACUUCAACAUCGAUCCCAGAUCCCAAACCAAAGAGCCUUUAUCGAGGCAAGGACCUUUACCUGUCAAACCCAAGAUGCAGCACAGAGUCCACUAUGCAGAUGCAGUAGACAGCGUAAAUUAUCCUGGUGAAAAGGAAGUGCGUUUAUGUGAAGGUCCGACCAGCAGGUGCGUGUCUGUUCGCUGUCCUCCCCAGUCCAGCCCCAACAAAGACAGAUCGCUACUCAAAGGGUUAGGGGACCGCCUUAGGAGGGAGGCCAUGCUCAGGAGUCAGAUGGCUGCGGGCCAUGGCCCUCCCCUGCCAAGACCCUACCCGGUCAGCAAAACAGUACGUACCGUGAGGUCCCCCAUCAGUCGUGGGAUGGAGAUCGAUGUGGAGUACGGCACGGAUGACGUUGAUGAACCGGGGCCGUGCACUGCGGGGGAGGUGGUGAUGGAACAGAUGAGCUCAGAGUGGUGGAUCGAAGGGGCGGAGAUGGAGCAUAUCGGACCCUCCUACCACCAGGGGACGAAGGCUAACACCUUGGAGCCCAGUCCUCCAACAGGAUCUGAAGCAGGUCCAUCUUGGGGCCCUGAUUCCGAGCAAUCCUCGAAACCCGUUGGUUUGCAAGGCAAGCGGCUCAAAGCAGGUUGUUUUGACUCACCCAAGACAAAAGGAGACACACGCAUCUUCGUGGCCCUCUUCCCUUACGACCCUGCCACCAUGUCACCCAACCCGGAUGCCCCCGAGGAGGAGCUGCCUUUUCGAGAGGGACAGAUCAUCACAGUUUACGGCGAUAAAGACGCCGACGGCUUCUAUCGAGGGGAGUCUGCUGGUCGUUUGGGCUACGUACCCUGCAACAUGGUGUCUGAGAUCCAGGUGGAGGAUGAGGCAACCCGACAGCAACUCCUCCAGCAGGGCUUCUUGUCUACUGAGGCCUCCUUGGAGAAGAUAGGCACUCGUACACAUGCACAGCUUCCACGUCGCCCUGUCCCGCCACCGAAACCGAGACGAUCCAAGAAAGUGGAGUCUGCGGCACUCUGGGAGGAGAGCAUAGACUCCUCCAGUCCAGGUCCAAGCCAGGCAGCUGCCCCGUGUGCGGGAGGGAAGCCGGUCCCGGGGUCUUGCAAGAUGUUGGCUAUCUUUGAUUACGAUCCACGAGAAAGCUCCCCCAACUCUGAUAUAGAGGCUGAGUUGACUUUCAGCGCUGGAGACGUCAUCCACGUAAUUGGAGACAUGGAUGAAGAUGGCUUCUUCUAUGGCGACCUGAAUGGACAGCGAGGGUUGGUGCCCUCCAAUUUCCUGCAGGCUUUUCCAGAGAAAGCCCCAGUCGAGCAGGUCCCAGCUCAGCCUGCGGCGGAACCCAAGAAAGAGUCACAGGGAAGCUCCUCCCCAGAACCGCAGGAGGCGGAGCCCUCAGCACUCCAAGACGCUCUGAGCCCACAAACGGAACCCCCUGUCCCCGAUCAACCCACGCACGUCGACCCACAACCCCCGUCCGCAGCUGCCCCCGCAAGCGCCACAUCAGGCCUGGGCAAGGAUCCAAGCCCGGUUCCAGUGCAGGCCUUUGCUCCCACCCCCGACCUCGCGGCAAAGCAGCUGCACACAGACUGCUCUACACCGGGCAAAAAGAAGAAAGGCUUCUUCUCCAAAGGCAAGAAACUCUUCAAAAGAUUCGGAUCCAGCAAGAAAGACUGAAAGGCAGGACGUCUGACUUGACACUCAUUGCAUCAAAGCACUUUCCUUACCGUAAUACUACACGUAGUAGUUCGUUAGUAGUUAGUAGUUAGUUAGCUAGGAGCACUGCUACAUUAGCAGGGAACGGCAAUGCCACUGGCCUUGCUAAUAUGCUCUAAUAAUUCCUCCUGAUUGGAAGCCAGGCUUUAAUGCAGCGUCCUUCCGCUUUCUCUCAUCUCCGGGGAGAUCCACCGCUUGGUAGUCGUCGCACCGGCCAGGACUGGUGGCAGCGUGGAAAGCUUGUAUGGCUACACUACAAUGGCUACACAGUUGUACUCUAGCAAGGCCGCUCCGAGCUUGAGUGAAUUAGGUUCGUUUUUAAGGACGUUCUGACUGUUUAUGCCAUGGGGUGUCCAAACUUUUUCCACCAAGGAGUGAAAAAAUGAAAGGAUGCCAUAAUUACUAAUAUAAGGCAUUCACCCGUCUAAUUGUUGUAGGUUUGAAUGAUCUCACAACAGCACAAUAAUCCUAAUGACUAAAACAUAAGCUACUGUUGAGGCCGUAACCCACGCCAAGCUAAAACUCUGCUCUGAAACCCCCAACGUCACUUCCUGUCCACCCGUCACUCAGCUCCCCAAAGUGGAACACAUGAACUUCAACACACUUUAGCAUGAGUCUUGGUUUCUGUUAUGUCUACUAUAUUGCGUAAUACCCGCGUAAAGGUGACUAUAGGGGUGUUAUUUCUUGUCUGGUGGGCUCUAACAGUGUUUAGAACAAGGGUCUCAAACUCAAUUUACCUGGGGGCCACUGGAGCUAGGGUCUGGGCAAGGCUGGGCCGCAUCAGGUUUUCAAAAAAAAACAAAAAUGCAUUUAUUAAAAACAGAAAAAUAUACAAACUUUUUCAGUGCUUUGGUUCCGAAAUUCUACGAUAAAAGCUCUGAUAAAACUUUCCACUGUUCUCAAAUAUCUUAAUUUUUAUUUUUCUGCACAAAAUAAGAUGAAAAAUAAAUAAACAAAUCAAGAAUAAAGAAAAUCAAUCAAUCAGUAAUAAAUAAAUAAAUAUAAUAAUAAUAAUAAAACGGCAAAUAAUAAAAACUUAAGAAACCACAUAUAGUUGGUGGGUAGACAAAUUAUUUUUUUCAGAUUAAAAUGAACAAAGCAUUAUUAGAGCCCUGUAGACAUGACAAAACACGACUAUAGUCACAUUUAUACUCUUUUUUUAUUUACAACAUAUUGCGCAAUUGCAGGGUCUUGAGACACAUGCUGACUUGCAAACUAGAGAGCUAGCGACCUAAACGGUAGCCUUCAAGUAAUUUCCUUUAAACUUAAAUAGCCAAAAACUUACCACUUCCACACGGAUAGGGAGGAUAACUAUUAACAGUUAUUUAACCUUUAACAUGAACAUUAAUCAAACGUAAUAAUUUUUUCUGGGUACAUGACACCAUACAGCAUCCAUAUUAAACUUGCGCAGGCCGCACUAACAUUAAACUUUCAUAUCAAGGCGGGGGCCUCAAACUAGUGUCCUGCGGGCCACAUUUGGCCCGCAGGUCGUGUGUUUGAGACCCCUGAUUUAGCAGAAGCGGUAAGGAAGACGAAAGUCUCACUGACCUUUGAGCCGCUUGCCUUGCAAACCACAUUUGGCCCGCGGGCCGCGUGUUUGAGACCCCUGGUUUAGAAGCUUGUAAACCGGUUUUCUAUGCUCUAACUUCUAACUUAACUACGUUGCAGUGUUGGAAAGCCUUGGUGGAGAAAGUUUGGACACCCAAGCAUGAAAUUCUAUUGCUCCCGCUGAGUGCAGCCAAGCUGUCGGCAACAGUGAUGAUACACAAGAGCAGUGUGUGUGUGUGUGUGUGUGUGUGUGUGUGUAUACGGCCCAAAGCAAAUUAACACAGGAACUUGCUGGUGUAACCGAUGCAUCCAAUAUGUUUGCGCUCAUGAGAAUUAAGUAGCGUUCCAUACAAAAAAGUGACUUUAAAUCGUAACAUUUAGCAUUUGUACAGUUAACUAGCGCUAGCAGCACAAAGAGUGCAUCACUGCAUCACACACACUGCUCACAAACGGACUCGUAUCCAUUCACGUAUUGGGGCAAUAUGAGUAACAUGCAUGUUUUUUUUUUGGACAAUAGCAACAUAACAUAGUUGAUACAUAUAAAUAAUACUUGAAUGCAUUUUUUUCAGUCGUCAUCCACUGAAGCAACACCGCUUGUUGUGUAAAGCAAGUUCUGUUGGUGUUGGUAACGACUCGGGCUGUUUUAGUCGAAGCAGAGUCCUCACAUUUGGUGAAAAAAAGUGCAGAAAAUUGCCAAACUCUUAUCGGUGCUUUUACUGUGAAGGCAGGAGAAUCCAGUCUGGGUGACUUUUUAGCUUAUCGAGCGUGCACGAUGAUGCCAAGACGACAAAGAAAGGUACAGAUAUGACGUGUGGAUGCUUCAGGGAAUCAGGAAAAGAGGGCAAACACUUUUUUUUUUUUUUUUUUUUUGGAGGGUUGCUGAAGUGCGCGGCAAAUCUUUGUGCUGUUGUUGUGUUUACGGCCUUGACUGCACCAGUUAGUAGCGCUCUGCUUAGCAACCCACAUACGCGUAGAGUAGAUUUAGCCUUACAGGAAGACGUUGUGUAGUCUUAAUUUUGUUGUUUACAGGAUGUUUAUUGAUUGCAUGUUGCCGUCUUCUGCCUUAUUUAUUAUGUAUUUGUUUUUAUUUACGUCUACAAUGUCAAUUGUAGAUUGAGAUGCAGUGAGGUAGGAGUUAUGUAUAUAAUGGACACCCCGUACAUUUUUAUAUUAUAUAUAUAUAUAUAUAUAUAUAUAUAUAUAUAUAUAUUUAAGAAAAAAGUUUUUCUUACCUUUUUGGAAGCUGGUGUGUAAAUGUUCCUAUUUUCGCCCAUGCAGUGUUGACGGGGGUAUCUUGAAGGUGUGAGCUUGUGAUGCUUGCUUUUUACAUUAAAUAAAGGAUGUAUAUUUUCACAUAAAACACAAACGUGUGGGGGGGGGGAAAAAUGAUCUUUAUUUCAUACUCAUGAUAUAACGAUGACUAAGUCGAGGAAAAGAGUCGUUCGGCAGGCUUUGCUCGCUGCCACACGGCGCCAAUGUGAACCGGCGAAAUGGCGACACACUGGGUGCCGUGUGGCCGGGCCAGACAAAAGCCGCUUCCUCUUUUUUUUUUUUUUUUUUUUUUUUUUCUUCCAACUUCCUGGGAGAGGCCGCCAUGUUCCUGAAGCCGACAGUACACUCAUCCAUAAAGUAGGAAACACUACACUGUGGCAACAAGUUUUUAGUAGUGCUUUCUACUUUAUGGAUGACUGCACUGUUUGUCCAAUGGUCGUCUUUGGUCCACGUUACGCAAUCACGCUUCCUCGUCCGUUUGCAAACUCAACACUUCAAACAUAAUCACUUGUUUGCUUCAUCUAAAUGCAUCUUUUUUGUUUUCCAAGUGAAAAAAAAGGGUUCGCCGCUGCUGCCCGUGUCCCCUGCCUGAAGGAAGCGCUAUCUGGAGGAAGCCAUUUUGUCCGGCAUGAGUAAGCUUUUCUGUCACACUCACAAGGUAUGUCACAAAACAGAGGUUAAACCACAUUAAACAUAUGACAUGUGACCGUUUCGCCAGCAAGAAGUCCAACUUUUCAGUACAACUUCCUUUCACCGCCGCACCAUCCAGUCUGUCAAAUCGCUUUCAGAGAUCUUCGCACCCGUCGUCACUAAAAUUCUAACAUCAGUCGAAAAGCUCCCUGGUCAUACUUUACCUCGGUGGUUUCUUCAGCCAGCUCCGCAGGUCGCCGUCGUCGUCGCUCGGGUUGGACAAAGUGAGCGAAGAAGAAGUCUGCGUCUCCUUUUGAAGCCUCUUCCACCACGUGACGUAACCACAGGAAGAGGUCUAACAGUCGCAGCCGCGCUCCUUCUUCUGCUCUUCCGUCUUUACUGUCUUACCUUCUGCACACGCGUAGAGCGCUUGUGAUAUCACCCCCGCCACCCCCCACUACCCCCACCCAGACCACCACACACACGUGCGCAUUGAGACAUUUGGGGCGAGAGUUUUAAGGCCGGUAGCUAAUUUAUUCAUCACCUCCACCAAGCACCAUAUUGUGAUUUAAACCAUAAAUAUUAUUAUCCAUAUUUAGAUUCCUUGACAUGAAAACAUACCAUUAGCAAAUGGAUUACCAGUGGUAUCGAUAUUAGUUCUGUAGUUAUUCACAGAAAUGACAUUUUCUGUAAUGGCGGUUUUAUUCCGUCUCUAGCUCCACGACAUGAAUUUGGUCUCCAAAAAUGUAGACAAUAAUAUUGCUUAGCAUCAAUUUGUGGGACAAUAAUCCUGUGGGACUGCCCAUCCCGAAACCAUAGCUCAUCUCUGGGACACUUUUUUUUUUUUAGCACUUUUGCUAAAAAAAAAUAAAUGCAGCAACGAUAGGAACAAGCCCCUGGCGUUGUAGUGAUCAGUGGCGUCAUUAGGCCUAUUUUAGGGGGGUCUACAGUCCCCCUAAAAUGUUCUUAAGCCCCCCUAAAUAAUUUGAUAUUUUUUAUUGAUUUUUUUUACAAAAAAAAUAUCGGACAAAUUUAAUAUAAUAGGGCAAAAGCAGGCUAAAAUAAGCAAGCCAAUAAGCAGCCUAAUACUAGCCUACUACUAGUAUAUAAUAAUCAGAAGAAGAAGAAUGAUGAUAGUAAUAAUAAUAGGCUAUUGAAUAAUAUAAUAAUGAUUAUUAUAUCAUUGAGCUUGAGCAGCGGUUUUGCAGUAUAGAUUGUGUGUACUUGUGUAAAUUUAAUGGUGGCCUAAAACAAUUGAGUAUCUCUACUAAAUCUGUCCAAAAGUGGGAAAGUUAUAUCCCGGUUCUUGUUCCUUAUUUGUUUUUUGGGGAUUUUUUUUGAAUGUCUACUACAUUCAUUCAUAUCCUGUACAUCUCCAGGGGGCGAAACCUAGUGACGCUAAGAUUUCGAUGUGUUGAAAUUCAAUGUUUUUUUUUCCAUGACAGUAGCAUUACUGACUCCUGAACGCCUUUUGAUUGUAUUGUUGUUCAUGUUGCAAUACUUAGGUAAAAUAUAUGUAAAAUUUGCAUCAAUAUGCAUUUUUUUGGAUAAAUAGGCCUGCGUGUAUUCUUAAUAUAUUCUAAAACCGUGAAAGUAAAGCCACUAAAUUUGAGGCGUGCACACACACACACAACCGUACGUGUCUUUAUUACUUUGUGUGGACCAUAUCACUAAUGGUGUGUGUGUGGUGUGGUGGGGGCAUUCUUUGAACCGUUAGUCCCGACCUGGAGCUCAUGUAGGUUAGCAGCUGAGAGGCAAAGUGAGCGUGGGAUUGGGGAACCAGUGACACCUAUUUCACGCAAACGGGGGUUUGGCUCCAGCUGUGCCGGUAAGGAAGGCCUUCCUGAGCCCAAACGGCUUCUAGCGAUAUCUACCUUAUCUUGGCCGGCAGCUAUCUCAGCUUUACCCCCCCCCCCCAUGCACACUCACCCCCAUGGGUUGCCGAGCAGCUGCUCAACGCUCACUGAAGAUGUCAUUUGGAAAAGGAAGUGAAAUCCUCAUGACCAUCGGCCUGGGGUUGUUUCUGUAGCUACCAAAGAGAGGAAGUUGGCGUGAAACGUGAACGUGUGUCAAUGCUGUCCACCCCCCCACUUUAUCAGUGGCAUCCCCUUCCUCUCGCCUCCUUUGUCGCCCACGACGACACAGCCUUUUCAGUCGAAGUCGUUGGGCCUGCUCGCCAAAGAGCUGACAUGUCCAAAUAAGGGCAAAAGCGACAAGUUUGCAAGCCAUGUGUGCGUGAAAACCCAACGCCGCACGCUCGGCUGCGCCUCUAGCAGAGCCGCGUCUGCCUUCCUGUUUGACGAGGCCUGCGGUCGGCUCGAAGUCUUGCAGCACGGCGCUCAAGAGUUCUCGGUUUUGUUUUUGCUCAGACGCUCUCUGGAGAUGACUUCGCCCACACGGGCACGGGUGACCUUUGGGGUGACAUUCUGUCGCCGAAAUGCACAACGAGGCGACACCAACAGCUCGUCUUCUGGAAGCAUUUUAGAAUUAGACAAAUUUACAAAAAAUGCGAUGCUCAACCUGCUAGGUCGUAUUUUAAAAUAGCUAAUAUGUUUUGUUCUUACAUGCUAACGUUUACAAUCUUUGUUGAAGUUAAGUUGCAGGGCAGUAUUUGGUCUUUAGGAUAGUGCCUUACUACAGUACUACAGUACUACAGUAAUUCCUCUUUUAUAGAUAUAGACUUUCUUUAUUGUCAUUGCACAUUAACACAGCAGUGAAAUUGCCAACAAAAUGUUGUUGCCUGGCUCCCGUGUAAUAUUUUUUGUAAUUAUUUUAUUAUUUAUUUAUUUAUUAUUUAUUAUUAUAUAUAUUUUUUUCUUUUAUUAUCAACUCCCAACGUGAAGUAGGAUUCUUUAUUUAGAUAUGUUCAUAGUUCAUAGAAAACCUGUUUUACAAGCUUCUAAAUGUUUUUUUUUUACAUUAGAGACAUCUACACAUGAAAUAACACCCCUAUAAUCAUAUUUUUUUCUGCUAUUACCCAAUAGAGUAGACAUAAGAGAUAAAAUUAGACUUGUGCUCUUGUGGGUUGCUGUAAAUGUUUUCCGGUGACAAUUCAGAGCCGGUUGUUUAAUUAGUUUUAUGGAAGCUAAUUUAAUCAAAUUGGACCUUUUUUUGCAGCCCUUGGUGGUAAAAGUUUUCACCCAUGCUUUACGUGGGUGGGUGGGGGCUUGUACUCACCUUUCCUCCCAUGCUCAUGACCCCAAGUCAUCAAGUUACAGUGAAAUGAACACCAUGGUCUUCAAUACUUAGCAAAAACGGUUAUAUAAUCUAGGCUCACAUUCCCUUGACGGCAUAAAUAACAUAGAAAGCCUCCAUCCUAUAGUUUGUGUAGGCUUCUGCCAAGAAGAAUAUCAACAAGGCCGCAUUACGAUUCCCCCUGGUGGCAAUAUCUAGUACUGCACACUGGUUAAAUCACUCACAAAACGACGCCAUUCAGAAAACCGGUUGCAUAAAAGUUAGAGGUUGGUAGUCUAAUAAUUUAAGUACUGUAUAGUAGUGUGCAAUGUGAAUUUUGCUUAAUAAGACACAAAGCUACGUAACCAAUUCUAAAACACAAGACCUUUAUUUGUCAUGGAACAAAGACAACUUCUGAAGGGAAGUUCCUGAAGAUUAACACGAACGUGAAAAUGAAAGAAAAUAUGUUUUUUUUUCCACUAUUUACAAAAGUAGAGUUGCCGAAGAGACAUCCAGGCCAAGGUGUCCUCGUCGCUUAUGUCUUCACUGCCGUAUCUCUGGACUUGUAAAUCACUCUUCUACUCUUCAGCUCUCUCAC